AUGUCUCAAGCAAAACUAAAAUUUGGAUGUUGUGAACGUCAGACGUCAUCGACGGGAUUUUUACACUGUCAAUCCUGUAAAUUCAGAUAUCACCUAAACUGCGUAAAUAUACAGCGACCCCUCAAGGAUUUAACGGAAGACUUUAAACUGAAGUACAUUUGUCCUGGAUGUCACAGUAAAUUGCCGAAGGUUGAUAACACUAAUACACCAAUAAGACCCAGUAGCCAAUCGGCAACCUGCUAUCAAUUGGACGAACCUAGUACUAACGUAAACAACAGACGAGGCGGCCAUCCCCUGCAUCAACACGAACCUAGUGUGACAACUGAGGAUAUUAGACUAAUCAUUAAGGAAGAACUGGAAAGCGUGUUCAAUAAUUUCAAGGUUAGUAUAUUAAAGGAGGUCGAACGUAAAACUCAGGAAGUCUUGGAUCGCUUUAACCAAAUAUCGGAUGCAUUAAAGAUAUUUGAGCAAAACCAAGCUAACCUAAAAGACGAAGUCACCUUAAACUCUAACAGGAUUAAUACAUUGGAAGCGGAAAACACUUCACUCAGAGAAUCAGUAGCUGAUCUCCGAUCUAGACUCGCUCGAUCUGAACAAUACUCGCGGGCCACAAAUUUAGAAAUACAAAACGUGCCCGAAUUCAAAACUGAAAAUCUGUACUCGGUAGUCAGGCAGAUUGCAGCAGUAAGUGGCUACAAAUUGGAGGAAAUUGACAUACAGCAGUGUACGAGAAUAGCCAAAAUUAACAACGAGAGCCGACGCCCUAGAUCAAUAAUAGUAAAAUUUAACACGCAAAGAAUACGAGACGGCUUUCUGGCUGCAGCGUUGCAGUUUAACAAGAAAAACAAAAACCCAACUGACAAACUAAAUACGAGUCAGCUUGGUAUUGGCGGUGAUAAGAAGCCAGUUUUCGUUGUUGAACAUUUGGCGCCAGCACAGAAGGCUUUACACGCCGCAGCACGCGCCAAGGCAAAGGAACUACACUACAAAUUUGUUUGGGUGAGGGGAGUAAUUGAAACCGGGGACGAGCCAGCAGCAUGCAACGGGAGACGGACUUUGGUCCUUGCCAACCACCAGAGCACAGCCGACGUACCCAUGUUAAUGGCAGCCUGGAAUCCAAGACCUGGAAUACUGCCCAACCUCAUGUGGAUCAUGGAUAGAGUCUUCAAGUUCACCAACUUCGGCAUCGUCAGCGUGUUACAUGAAGAUUUCUUCAUACAAGCGCUCAUCCGGGAUCAUGUUCCCACGAUACACAAAUAUCCCGGACUAGAGGUGCCAUGUGUACCGGGCACAAGAUUUAAGGCGUCCCAUGUUACGCCCCUUGACGUGGACUUCAAAAGUCAUCUUUCCGGGAUGAUGCGCAUUUUACCUCUAAGCUUUUGGACUAAGUAA